AUGAACGAAUCGCGUCUGCGUCAGGAGAUUCGCCGGCUCGUCACGGAGCAGCGGCAGCUCAACCGGCGUCUGCAGCAGCAGCGGCGCCCGCGCGGGGAGCUCUUUUCUUUCUCUGAUGAGAAGAAACCCGAAGAAAACGGCGUCGCCGAAGCGCCUGCUGCAGCGGCGCCCUCACAGCAGAGCGCGCCGGAUGCCACGAGCCCAUCGACGCUCGCAGGAGAGUCUCAGUCUGGUCUCGGCAAGCGGCCGCUGGUGCGGGAGCGACCGACCUACUCGUUCGACGGCGAAGACUUCCAAGUCGAAAAGCGCCCCAAGCUCGCGGCGCCAGACGAGAAGACCGCCACGCGCAACCGGCGCAUGUUCGGGGCGCUCGCCGGGCACUUGCGGCGCGCGCAGCGACAGCUGCUGCAGGAGCAAACUACCGACCUCGCACAUAAGCAGAAACAGCAGGAGGAGCGCGUCGCUCAGAAACUCGCGAUGAGUCAAAAAAACAUCGCCAAGAUCGCGCGGCUCGAGUGGGAGAAGCGACGGCAGCAAGAGCAACUGCGUCUGGAGGAAGUCUCGAAUGAGCUGGCGAACAAAGAAAACGAACUCAUGCGCCUCCACUUGGUGAAGCACUACCGGAACAUGGAAGUUUUCAUCGGAACUGAAGCGCAACCGACGCUUUUCUGGCUUCCCGCGAAAUGGGAUGAUACGACGCGGCGACUGCAAGAACAGACCAAGUUGUGGAUCAGGACGAAGAUUGAGCAUAUUCAAGAAACAGACUACACGUAUCGGCCCCAGGGGGGCGUGGCGGAGGGCGAGGGAGCCGCGCCGGCGAGCAAAGAAGAAGAAGGCCGACGACCAGAGUCAGCGAAAACUGAGGACGGCGGCCGGUCAGCCGAAGACGAAGAUGCGGGUGCCGUGGAGACCGGAAAGGAAGAACGAGCGGAUGGGGACGAGGACGGCAAGGAGAAGGCCGCAGAAAAGAAGAUAUAA